GAGAGCGUUCAAAGAUGAGGUGGAGGAGAGAGCAGUAACAGAAGUGGAGAACAGGGAAGAGGAGGAGGAAGUAGAUGGUAACACUGACCCAGGAGAGACCUCCAACCCAGGUUCAGACAGUGAGCCCAGUUCCACAGCAUCAGGAAACCAUAAACAACACAGACAGAGGAACUCAAGACAGAAAAAUCACCAUUGCAUGGACUGCUUCACUAGUUUCUAUGAGCCAGAGGAGUUGAGAAGGCACACUUGUAGGCCCCACCCCUGCUCAGAUUGCAGAGGCAGCAUUUUAUGUCCAACUCACCUCAAAUCAAAACAGACUCAAAAAAGGAUUACGACAUACCCGUGUGAUCAAUGUGGGAAGAUAUGUGAAACACCAAGCAAACUCAAGACGCACCAGAUAACUCAUACAGGAGAGAAGCCAUACCACUGCUCUGUUUGUGGGAAGGGUUGCAGUCAUUCAGACCAACUAAAGACACACCAGAGAACUCACACAGGAGAGAAGCCUUACCACUGCUCCCAAUGUGGAACACGUUUCAGUCAGUUAUCAACUCUGAGAAAACACCACCUAACUCACACAGGAGAGAAGCCAUACCUCUGCUCUCAUUGUGGAAAGAGUUUCCGUCAGUUAGCCAACCUAAAUACACACCAGUUAAUUCACACAGGAGAGAAGCCAUACCACUGCUGUCAGUGUGGGAAGGAUUUCAGACAUCCAAGAGACUUAAAUUCACACCAGAGAACUCACACAGGAGAGAAGCCUUACCACUGCUCCCAAUGUGGAACACGUUUCAGUCAGUUAUCAACUCUGAAAAAACACAAUCUAACUCACACAGGAGAGAAGCCUUACCUCUGCUCUCAAUGUGGGAAGAGUUUCACCAGGUUAUGUGAACUGAAGGCACACCAGAUAACUCACACAGAAGAGAAGCCUUACCACUGCUCUCAUUGUGGGGAUAGUUUCACCAGUUUAUAUUUUCUAAAGAAACACCAGCUAAUUCACACUGGAGGAAAGCUGUUCCACUGCUCCCAGUGUGGGAAGAGUUUCAGCCAGUCAUCAACGCUGAAGAAACAUCAGAUAACUCACACAGGGGAGAAGAAGUUCCCAUGCCAUCAGUGUGGGAAGAAUUUUGGUCAUUCAUCAACUUUGAAGAAACAUCAGAUAACGCACACAGGAGAGAAACCUUACCACUGCGCUCAGUGUGGAAAUAGUUUCAGUCUGGUGGGAAACCUAAAGAGACACCAGCUAACCCACACAGUAGAGAAGCCUUACUGCUGUUCGUAUUGUGGGAAGAGUGUCAGUCAGUUACACCACCUAAAGACACACCAGUUAAUUCACACAGGAGAGAAGCCAUACAACUGCUUUCAUUGUGGGAAGAGUUUCAGUCAAUCAUCAACUUUGAAGAAACAUCAGGAGAAAAGCUGUGUCAUCAGAUCUGAAGACACCAGCUUGCUCACAGGGGAGAAGCCUUAACUCUACUAUCAAUGUGGGGAUAGUUUCACCAGUUAAUAUUUCCAAAAAACACCAACUAAUUAUAACUAACAAAAACUUACCUGGUUAAAUAAAGAGGGGGAAAAAUAACUUGCAAAGGAGUGUGGUACCUGCUUCCUGUGUGGAAAGCUUCAGUCAGUCAUCAAAUUUGUAGACACCAUUUAACUCGCACAGUAGAGUAACCGUACCACUGCUCUGUUUGAGGAAAAGGUUCAGUCACAUAGGAGACGUAAAGAAACACCAGCUUACUCGUACUGGAGAGAAGCUUUACCAUGUUCUGGAGUUGUUUGAAUAUUGUUUAUUGAAAUAAAGCUGGUUUGAUAACGGUUUAUUGUGAACAUAUCAAUAUUUCAGGAAUCACCAAAAAGGCAGCACUGCAGAGAAAAUGCAGUUUUACAGAAACUGUAUUGAUUUAAUUGGUGAUUAGGGGACAUGGUUUGUCAUUUUCAGUAUUUCCACUAAACAGCUGUCUGUUUGGGACUGCAAUACUUCUAUAACAGCAGACCUUCAGCAGCAGACAUCCAGAUGAUUUUCCAGAGGACGCGGCCACAACGGACAAUUCAGUGAAGUUGUAUUUGCAUUUGCCGUUAUGGAAUCCAUUGCUAAUAUCUGUCCAUAGAGAAUCCUCAGUAAUCACAGACAUCAUAUCCAUAGCUAAUAUCUUCUAGUAGGAUUUCUAUAAUCUUUUUUUUCUUCCUAAAGUUAAAAAAAUAAAAUGCAAUUUAGUCACAAAUAUCUGCAACAAAAACUUCUAAAUGGCAGAAAAUAACCAAAAAUGAAUAAACAUAUUGUAUUUCAAUUACCAAGCUCAGUCUCC